AUGGUAGAAGUGCCGUGUCUUACGUUUUAUUGCGUGACGACCUGUUUCGAAUACUGCCUGUCAGUAGCUCAUUUGUUGAAAACCUGCAACACGACUGCCUACAUGUUGAUUCAUGUGCCAACAAAACUCCUGGCCAAACAGCGACUUCGUCUCUUGUUCUGCACAGCCACCUGCCUUCUACUUGCCGGCUACAUUCUGACGUUUCUGCGCCUAGAGUCACUUCUCGGAUUGUCUGAAAGUCAACAGUUCUACGAAAAUGUGGCCGACUACCGCCACGGCGUGCAGUUUUUGUGCCGCGAGACGAUGGCGAGAGAUCGCCUGUGGAAGCACGCUGCUGCUAACGUUCUCAUCAAACGAAACUGGAUGACUGGAGAUGACAUGGGAUUCGGUCGGGAUAUUUUAGCCGAUAAAAAGCAAAAUUUCAAACCAAACGAUGAUGCUUUGGUUAGGCAGAAAUCGUCUCAACGAGAUGAAAAUGUUCCGAUUCUUCGUAAUAAACGAGCGAAUCCUAGUUUCUUAAAGUCAAAAAAUAAUUUCAAAAAUUCAGAAAACUUCCUUAAAGCAAAAGACGCAAACGAUCAGAAUGCUGCCUUCAACGCCAUGUCUUCGAGUUCUUCGAACGACAACCUCUUCGACAAGUUCCAGAGCCUAAUGGAGCAGAUCUGCCAGGAGUACACAUCUAUGCUGGCCACAGACGACAACGCAGAAAUUGUCACAUACCAAUCAAACUCUAACCUAUCAAACGUCGUUAACAUUGAGAUCGAAGUAAAAAAUAUGAAAAAUCAAGCAGACGAUAGAUUGCAAACCGCCGACGGACAGUUUGACAUUACGUCAACAAAAAAAGUACCGGCAUCCGAUAUGUUGGAUGAGGAUCAAGUCGGUUAUUUGAAGGAAAUAGUUAAAAUAUUUAGUCAGAGGAGGAGAGAUGUCAUUGGGGAUACAGACUUUCAUCUCAAAAUGAAGAAGAAGCGCUUAAAACCGAGACUUGAAAUCCACAGGACUCCUAAAUCGGGGUACUUGAACUUUUUUCAUAUUAAUUAA